GAGAUUUUUUUUUUCUGCUAAGGAAAAGGGGAAUUAUUCUGACCUGCUGCGCUGCACCUGCACAUCUGUUCGCCUUCCUCCCGCCAGGUGCCGCCCAUGCGCCCGUGGGGGCCACGCCUGCUACUGACACCUGGGCCCACAGAUCAGGAGCUUCCCCUUUCCUAUGCUAUGCCCGGCUCCAGGUGACCAGGUUCAGCAGGCGUUCGGCCCGGCAGCCCCCAAGUCCCAUCGCCGAGCAGAAAGUCAGGAACAGAACUCAGGCGUUGGCGAUUGGCAUCUCCCUCCCCUAAGCCAUGGCUACCGGGCGGCCCGUACGACUCGUGCUGGAUGCCUCCCUCCUCCUCGACCCCUCCUCCACCAGGGAGGCGGCGGCGGUGGCGCUGCGGCCCGGGGUAGAGGAGUUGCUGCGGCGGUUGCGCUACUCCAACCUGAGCGUGGCAAUCUGCUAUGCAGAGGGCAUGCCAACUAAUGAGGUGCUCUACUGAUCUAUAUUAUCAUUACAUCCCUCUGAGUCAGACUUUCUUGAAAAGGUCGCAAGCUCACACUUGUUUGGAUCUAUAGUACUUCUUGCAAAAAGUGGGAAUCUUUCUCCAAUUGAAUUAAUGAUAGAAUGGAGCCGAACAAGUUUUUGUUUUUAUGCGACUUCAAGAGUUGACAAAGGUUUAAUUUCUGAGCUCCAGAAUCAGAACUGGAGAGUUCUUUCUGUAGCUAAUGAAUGUAGCAUAGAGGUUCCUGGUGUUUUAAAUGUUCAAAGGCUUCAGGAGUUGCUUCUCACCUUGGCUACUCUAAUGAAAAAGGAACUUUGUGGCUCAUCUGUUCUGGUGAUUGGAUAUAUAAUGAAAAAAUCCCGUGAGGAAGACUUCGCAAAGAGAGGAGCAUUUCCCAUAUAUCCUAGUAAGGGCAGUCUUAUCUUUGUUCCCCUCUCUUUCGAAAUUCCAUUAAGUUUGCAACUGCAAGAAGUUGAUAUGGUCCUCCACAAAAUAACUGAUGAGAUUGUCAAGAUCGAUCCAAACUGCUCCAUUGAUUUUCCAAAAGGGAUUUCAUUUUCUGCAGGAAUGUCUGAAAUUAUAAGAUUUGUGGAAGAGCACCCUGAUUUUUGUAUCAUGGACCCAUUUAAAAACAUUUACCCAUUGCUUGACCGUCUUCAAAUCCAAAAAAUCCUUGUCCGGUUGCAAGAACUUGGCACUGAAGGAAAGCCAAAACUUCGAGCACCGUAUUCUUGCAAGGUUGACAGUUUUCAUAAUGGUGAAUUGGAUAAGCAUCUAGUAGAAGCUAAUUUAUCCUUCCCACUCAUUGUGAAGCCACAAGUCGCUUGUGGAGUCGCUGAUGCCCACAAUAUGGCACUGGUUUUUCAGAUUGAAGAAUUUAGCAACCUCAGUGUGCCCCUUCCUGCUGUGCUACAGGAAUACGUGGAUCACGGAUCCAAGAUUUUCAAGUUCUAUGUGAUCGGAGACAAGGUUUUCUACGCCGUUAGAGACUCAAUGCCCAACGCGCGCUUCCUGAAGCCGUCGUCAGGAGGUGAAGCUCUUACAUUUAAUAGUUUGAAGACUCUUCCGGUGGCUACGAAUGAGCAGCGACCGCAGACCGGCGCGGAAGAUGGCAAGCUGUUAGAUGCCGAUCUGGUAGAAGAGGCCGCAAAAUUCCUGAAGGGGCUGCUUGGGCUUACAGUAUUUGGAUUCGAUGUCGUCGUCCAAGAAGGCACCGGAGACCAUGUCAUAGUGGACCUGAACUACCUGCCGUCGUUCAAAGAGGUUCCCGACUCGGAGGCGGUGCCUGCGUUCUGGGACGCGGUCAGGCAGGCGUACGAGUCGACGCGCGGGAAUGCGAAUGCCCAGGGUUAAUAAGGUGUCAAGGCUCUUCCCGAAUAAGUGAAUCUACGUGGAGUGGAGCGCAGCAGAGAGAGGAGAGCCGCAGUGGUUGUAAUGGUUCUGGAGCAGACUCGGAGUAAUGUUCGGCUGUAGCUGUGGGAAUAAGCGAAAUCGGGAGCGGAAUAAUAAUUAACAACAAUCCGCCAUGUUUAGCUGUCGAUCUCGUCGCCGUGGUGUAUUC